AUGGGCCCUAUGCAUCCGAGGAUCUUCCCCAAUGCAACAAAUUCUAUUCUUCCAACCAGCACCAGCCAACAGGCCACGCCAACAAAACCCCUGCUAGCAUCCAAAUUUCCAUACUGGUUUCCCGCCGAUGACACUAAGUCAUGUGCCAUCGCCUUUGGCGCCGGCGACAUGCAGGAUUUCCUAGAGAGCAGCGACAUAUAUCGGCGGCCGGAGGCGAGCUGGCGCCGAAUGCUUGUCCAGCAACCACCUAUCAUGGCGCUGGGAUGGGUGGAGCGUAGCGUGUCGCCAUCCAACGUGAUAGACCUGCAUCGCUGGGAAAUUCCACUACAGGCACUUGGCGGGUUACAAAUGAACAUACUGUACGAUCUGGUCGUGAAUACUUCGGAGGUUGCGCCGGAAUACUUCUAUUUCAGAGUCUUAUGGUCGCAAAUAGCUUUGCUAGCCUUCGCUCAGAUCCAUGUCCGUCUUUUAAUUCGGACAGGAUCGAUGGGCUACUUAGGCAUGCAAUGCAGGGAAUGGUCGAAAGAUACGUGGACAUGGGAGCUUGUGCGGAGGCUGAAGCUUGCUAUGGAUGACUUUGAUAUUGAUCUGGUGCGCUGCAUGAGAGAGCCGAAGGAAGUCAAGAGCUGGACUUUGGCGGAACAGUUGAGUGACUACGCUAGAGAAGUAGGACCUGUCGACCAUGCUAUGCCUUUGCCUGAUGAGGAUGACCCGGACCUGUAA